GCGGGGGGAGGGGAGUGGGACCCGAAGGAAGCGGGGUCCAGGUGCGGGAGAGCGCGCUCCUGGAGGCGGGCGCGGAGGGGCAGAGGUCGCUUCUUUCUGGCGGGGCCCUAGGAGAACCCGAGUAGCUGCUGACAUCUCGCCGCCUUGGGGGAGAUGGCCUGAUGGGCUCUCGGUUCUCCAUCAGGUUCGAGGCAGGACAGAGCCGAGGGUGGGGCGAGCACAGGGUGGAUGGGCUGUGUGUGCGAGUCAGAGAUAGUGUCGGGGAGAGGCCCGUGCCCAGGACACAGGCAGUGUGCCCCGGAGGAGGCCACGGGAGGAAGGGGCAUGCGGAGGUGCAGGUCCUGGCUGGGAGGAGGGGACGGUGCCCAGGAAGGGGGCAUGCGGGAGGAGCCAGCCUCCUGGGGGAAGGGGCGAUCAAUGUCAAGCCAGAGUGUCCGCAGGAGAGGAGAGUGCCAGGAUGAAGGGGCACACAGAUCAGUGUCCAGUGGGGAGGGAACGAGCAGUUCCAAGCUGAAGGGGCAGUGCUUCGGAGGGCACAGUGUGAUGGGGUCAAUGCCAGGCUACAGGGGCGGUGUGAGCAGGGCUCAGGGCGAGAGGACAAUGGUGGGGAGGGUGCGGUGCCAGGGGAAGGGAUAGUGCAGGCUUUCCUCUUCCCCAUAGUGACAUCAUGGCAAAUUCCCAAACUAAAAGGACCCAGCUCGGGUGACAUCCAGCAGGGCCGAGCUGGGCCAGGCCGGCCUGAAGGGCCUCGGUGCCAGCUGCAGGGGCGAGGUAGGUCCGGCGCCCUGCGGAGCCGGCGCUCUGGGGGCGGGGUUCUGCUCCGCCCUUUCUCGGCGCGGACUGUGCCCUCGGCAAGCACGCGUGCUGGCAGGGUAGGGCUGGGCUGGGCUUCUCUGGGCCAAGGAUCAAGGUCUCUGGCUGGGCUAGGCCCCCAAGCGUUCCAGUGUUCUCAACAGGAAGACUGGAGAGGGCGCAGUCGAGCCUCCGCGGAGAGCGAGGAACCGCGCCACCUCGGCGGGAGUUUAGGUUGCACCUAUUCCCGUCUCCCGCUCCUUUUCUCCGCGCGAGGGGGUGCGCGUACUCGUAGUCGUGGUUGCGCGGUCAGCGCCCCCGGUGCUACCCUCGUCGCCCUAUUACCAUGGCCGGCAUUCUGUUUGAGGAUAUUUUUGAUGUGAAAGACAUUGACCCGGAGGGCAAGAAGUUUGAUCGAGGUAAGUAAGUGUCCCGACUGCAUUGUGAGAGUGAAUCUUUCAAGAUGGACCUUAUCUUAGAUGUAAACAUUCAGAUUUACCCUGUAGAUUUAGGUGACAAGUUCCGGUUGGUCAUAGCCAGUACCUUGUAUGAAGAUGGUACCUUGGAUGAUGGUGAAUAUAACCCCACAGAUGACAGACCUUCCAGGGCUGACCAAUUUGAGUAUGUAAUGUAUGGAAAAGUGUACAGGAUUGAGGGAGACGAAACUUCUACUGAAGCAGCAACACGCCUCUCUGCCUACGUGUCCUAUGGGGGCCUGCUCAUGAGGCUGCAGGGUGAUGCCAACAACCUUCAUGGGUUUGAAGUGGAUUCCAGAGUUUAUCUGCUGAUGAAGAAACUGGCCUUCUGAACCACGGGGAAGCCAACCUUGCAGCUUAGUCACUCAGGUCAUGGACAUUUGUUCAAGUCUGAGUUGCAGUUGCUGUUGUCCUGCUCAGGAGGGGCUGGCUGUCUGUCCACCGUGGUGCUUCUCUCCCUGGUCUGGACUCUGGGAAACUGACUUGCCUGUGAAAGACCCAGCGGGAGAGUUUAAAAUGAACCAGAAGUUGUUAUUGUGUGUAUGGUUUUUUUAAAUUAAACUUUACUUUUUCAGA